CGUCAUGUCUGAGGACUCGAGCGCCCUGCCCUGGUCCAUCAACCGGGACGAUUACGAGCUGCAGGAGGUGAUCGGGAGUGGAGCAACUGCUGUGGUCCAAGCCGCUUAUUGUGCCCCUAAAAAGGAGAAAGUGGCAAUCAAACGGAUAAACCUUGAGAAGUGUCAGACUAGCAUGGAUGAACUCCUGAAAGAGAUUCAAGCCAUGAGUCAAUGCCACCAUCCUAAUAUUGUAUCUUACUAUACAUCUUUUGUGGUCAAAGAUGAGUUAUGGCUGGUCAUGAAGCUGCUAAGCGGAGGUUCUGUUCUAGAUAUUAUUAAGUAUAUUGUGGCAAAGGGAGAACACAAAAAUGGAGUACUAGAUGAACCUACCAUUGCUACAAUACUCCGAGAAGUAUUAGAAGGCCUGGAAUACCUGCAUAAAAAUGGGCAGAUCCAUAGAGAUGUAAAAGCUGGAAAUAUUCUUCUUGGAGAAGAUGGCUCAGUACAGAUUGCAGACUUUGGGGUUAGUGCUUUUUUAGCAACUGGUGGAGAUAUUACCCGAAAUAAAGUGAGGAAGACCUUUGUUGGCACCCCUUGCUGGAUGGCACCUGAGGUUAUGGAACAGGUCCGAGGUUAUGAUUUCAAAGCUGAUAUUUGGAGUUUUGGAAUCACAGCAAUUGAACUGGCCACAGGGGCAGCUCCUUAUCACAAGUAUCCACCAAUGAAGGUUUUAAUGCUGACACUACAGAAUGAUCCUCCUUCUUUGGAAACUGGUGUUCAAGAUAAAGAAAUGCUUAAAAAAUAUGGAAAAUCAUUUAGAAAAAUGAUUUCAUUGUGCCUUCAGAAGGAUCCAGAAAAAAGACCAACAGCAGCAGAACUGUUAAGGCACAAAUUUUUCCAGAAAGCAAAGAAUAAAGAAUUUCUUCAAGAAAAAAUAUUGCAGAAAGCACCUACCAUUUCUGAAAGAGCUAAAAAGGUGCGGAGAGUACCAGGUUCCAGUGGCCGACUUCACAAGACAGAGGACGGAGGCUGGGAGUGGAGUGAUGAUGAAUUUGAUGAAGAAAGUGAGGAAGGGAAAGCUGCAAUUUCACAACUCAGAUCUCCUCGGGUGAAAGAAUCAUUAACAAAUUCUGAGCUCUUUUCAGCAGCUGAUCCCAUGGGCACUUUGCUCCAGGUUCCAGAACAGAUUUCUGCUCAUCUACCUCGGCCAGCUGGGCAGAUGCCUACACAGCCAACUCAAGUUUCACUUCUGCCCCCUGCAGAGCCAGCAAAGACAGCUCAGGCUUUGUCUUCGGGAGCAGGUUCACAAGAAACCAAGGUCCCUAUCAGUCUAGUACUAAGAUUAAGGAAUUCCAAAAAAGAACUAAAUGAUAUUCGAUUUGAAUUUACUCCUGGGAGAGACACAGCGGAGGGUGUCUCUCAGGAACUAAUUUCUGCUGGCCUGGUCGAUGGAAGAGAUUUAGUAAUCGUGGCUGCUAAUUUGCAGAAAAUUGUGGAAGAACCUCAGUCAAAUCGAUCUGUCACUUUCAAACUGGCUUCUGGUGUUGAAAGCUCGGAUAUUCCCGAUGAUGGAAAACUAAUAGGAUUUGCCCAGCUCAGCAUCAGCUAAACCCCAGCCGUGCAAGAAGUGGCCUGAGGAGAUUCUGCACAGCACAUCUCUGUUGCUUCUGUUGGCCUAAACUCACUACUGCCAAAGAACCCAGCAACAAACCUCCCGUCUAGGAGCUUUAGAGUUCUUUAUGUUUUUCCUGCCAUCCUUCUCCCUUUUCCCCACAGGGAAAGAAAAGUUGGGUCACCAGUGACCAGCAUCCCCUUAAAGAGUUCCGUUAGUAAAUGUGCUGCACACAUCCCCUGUCUUCCUCUGUCUCAGAAGUGGCCCACAUGCCUCACGGCCAGGAGGGAGAUCUCUCAGCUUGUUCUUGCCUUACUCCAGUGAUGGCCCAGGUGGAAA